AUGUGCCGAGGAGGGCGCAGGUUCCGCUCCCUCCGCACGGCGAUUGUCCGCUACGCUUUUGGCAGCGGAAGAGGAAAGGGCGGGCUAGAAAGGCGCUGAAUUUGGGGUACUCCUCGGGCCCAUUUGUCAGCUUCUGCGGCGAUGUCAUCUUCUGGGUCGGUGACUCCUAAGGUGACCUUUGACCCCGCGCACCCCCCAGUUAUUGAGGGCUUCAGCCCCACCUCGCAGCGGUUCCGGGAUGAGAGCUUCAAGGACAAAUUAAAACGCAAGAUCGGUGAAAACCCGGUGGUACCCUUAGGUUGUCUGGCCACAGCUGGAGCCCUGUCUUAUGGACUUUACUGCUUUCACCGGGGCAACAGCCAGAGAUCCCAGUUGAUGAUGCGGACCAGGAUCCUGGCUCAGGGCUUUACAGUGGUGGCCAUUCUAGGGGGUUUGGCAGUCUCAGCCAUGAAAUCACCCAGGCCCCAUUGAGCCCAAUGGCCCAUUACUUGAGAGAAUCAGUGACCAUUUGCAAGGGAUCCAAGCAACUUUCCAGAGGGGAAAUGGAGGAAUUCCUUGGCUCUGUGCUGAAACCAUAUCUAAUGGUACUGAGUGAGUCCUGUGUUUCUCUCAGGCAGAAGAUUUGACAAUGUAAUGGAUUUUUUCAUUAAAGAAUGAAAUGAGUUUGGAUUUGAGAACA